AUGGAGAACUUUCCCGUUAUCAACUUGGAGAAUAUCAAUGGAAUUGGUGAGGAGAGGAAGUCUAUCCUAGAGCAAAUUGAUGAUGCUUGCAAGAACUGGGGGUUUUUCCAGUUGGUGAAUCAUGGAAUACCCCUUGAACUUUUGGACACUGUGGAAAGGUUAACAAAGGAGCAUUAUAGGAAAUGCAUGGAGCAGAGGUUCAAGGAGGUAGUGGCAAGCAAGGGGUUAGAGGGUGUUCAACCUGAACAAGUAAAGGACAUGGAUUGGGAGACCACAUUUUUCUUGCGCCACCUCCCAAACUCCAACAUCUCUGAAAUCCCUGAUCUCAGCCAAGAGUACAGGGAUGCAAUGAAGGAAUUUGCGAAGAAGUUAGAGAAACUUGCGGAGGAGUUGCUAGACCUGUUGUGCGAAAAUCUUGGGUUAGAGAAAGGGUACCUAAAGAAGGCAUUUUAUGGAUCCAAGGGUCCAAAUUUUGGGACAAAGGUGGCAAACUACCCUGAGUGUCCGAAGCCAGAGCUGGUUAAGGGUCUUCGUGCCCAUACGGAUGCGGGUGGUAUUAUCCUUCUCUUGCAAGAUGAUAAGGUCAGUGGCCUUCAGCUUCUCAAGGAUGGCCAAUGGGUCGAUGUCCCUCCAAUGCGCCACUCCAUUGUUGUUAACCUUGGUGACCAGAUUGAGGUAAUCACGAAUGGAAAAUACAAGAGUGUGGAGCAUCGUGUGAUAACUCAAACUAAUGGAACAAGAAUGUCCGUAGCAUCAUUCUAUAACCCUGCCAAUGAUGCUGUUAUCUACCCUGCAUCAUCAUUGUUGGAGACAAAAGCAGAGGAUACCGACCAAGUGUACCCAAAAUUUGUGUUUGAGGAUUACAUGAAGCUCUAUGCUACGCUCAAGUUCCAGCCUAAGGAGCCUAGAUUUCAAGCCAUGAAAGUGGUGAACUCAUUCUAA